UUACCUUCAAAAUAAAGAGCUCACUUUCGUAAUUUUCCGAAUUGAGUUAUCGACUUUGGAGAAGGACUGACACCUUGAGCACCAUGUGUUUCAAUGUACUGGGCGUGAGCAAUCUUCUACCCGAUUGCAGCAUUGAAAACCAGGCCCAUCUGUACUCUUUGCUGCAGCAACUCCUGAACCAGGAUCGUCGUCCGGAGGAAGUGAGUGACGAGUUGCGGGAUCGCUACAACGUAUUCCGCCAGGUUUUGCCCAACUACCCGGCACCGGAACAGCCAGACGACGAUCUGCUAAUAUUCGCUGAUGAGUUGUUUCAGGAGCAGCCGGCAAUAUGGACCUUCACAGACAGAAUCCUGUCGAAUAGUGAUUCCGAGCAGAUCGGCAUCGGCAUGGACCGUCACCAUUAGACCACAUUCAUUUAAAAAGUGAAAUUAUGUCUUUGGUUGUCUGUCAAGUGGCCGGAGUGGCGUUAAAUGUAAUGAAAGUAAAACGCUGCCAUUAAAUGUUCGACAAUAAAAAAGGAAAA